UUAAUACUUUUUCCAGUAUUAGUGUUCUACAAUAAUAACUGUGCUUGAUGUUGUUGUUAGAUAUUAGUUUGUAUUAUUAGAUAUAGUUAUUAUAAAGAUGUUUAGAGACAAUUUUGACUAAUAAUCAUAAAUUACUGUUCAUAACUGCUUGUUUCAUACAGAGCACUGAAGUACAGUCUAACCUGUUGUCAGUCUGCAUAAACUUUGGAUUUUUGUGUGUGGUUCCAUACAAGGCAGAUAACAUAACCAAAAUGAAUGAGUUGCGUCAGUUCAUGUGCUUUCAUGCGAGUAAAAAUUUGGUGUGAACAGUAACCAGGAGGAGGCCUAUGUUGCCUUUAUCCAUGUGUUUCAGUUUUCCAGCACAGUUUAAAGCCUGUUUGGUUUUUAAUAAUUAGAAGUCUUCACAGAGCCACAGUUGUUGGAGCUGACUUGAAAUGGACCAGUGGAUCAUUAACACAAACCUGACAUGCAUAAAUUAAGUUUCAGAAAGCACAGAACAGAACCAAGAUGCUCCUAAGGCUUGUUAGACUUAACUCAAAGACCUGAAGAAAAAUAAGAUCAAUCAUACAUUCAGCAGAGCAAAGGAGACAGUAGGCAUGCUGACACAGUCAAGACCUCAGGUAUUAGAACAACCAAUACUCGACUAGACUGUAUUCGGGUCUGAGUGAAGUUACCUCUUACUGGAAAUCAUUAUUCUGUCUGUGAUUUAUUUUGAUUGAUUGGUAAUCUGUCCGGAUUGUGUCCACUCCUCACAGCUGUUGCAUGUUCUCUGUUCCUGAACAGGUGUCCCAUCUGAGAAAGACCUGGUCUCCAUUUACUGCCAGUGCCGGGGCAUUCCAGAAAUUAAUCUGCAGUUGGAUUUUUAUGUGGCCCUGUCGAUGUUCAAGUUAGCAGGAAUUUCCCAAGGGAUCUAUGCACGAUAUCUUCUGGGUAAUGCCAGUGCAGCAAAUGCAGCCCAGUUUGGCCACUGUGUGGAGCCAUUGGCCAAAGCUGCUUUGCAGCUUGUGCACAGGACUUUGCCUCGUCCAACAGGAGAUGGACUGUUCCUCCAGACAGCUAAAGGUCAAGCUGUUCUCCAGCAGGUCAAAGAUUUCAUGAGACAAUACGUGUUUCCUGCUCAGGAGGAAGUUGCAGAGUAUUACUCAAAAUAUGCCCAUUCACCCAAAAGGUGGCACACUCCCCAGGUAGUAGAGGACCUGAAGGUGAAGGCCAGGGAAGCAGAGCUGUGGAACUUGUUCCUGCCUGCAGUCAGUGGUCUCAGUCAGUUGGACUAUGCCUACAUCGCAGAGGAAACUGGCCACUGCUUCUUUGCAUCCGACGUCUUCAACUGUCAGCCUCCUGAUACAGGAAAUAUAGAGGUGCUCCACAUCUUUGGCAGUGAGGAACAGAAAAGGAAGUGGAUGGAUCCUCUGCUCCGAGGAGAGAUCCACUCCUGCUUCUGUAUGACAGAGCCUGAUGUUGCCUCGAGUGAUGCCACCAACAUGGAGUGUACACUUCACAGAGACGGGGACCAUUAUGUUAUAAAUGGCAAGAAAUGGUGGAGCUCUGGUGCUGGGAAAGCAAACUGUAAAGUAGCCAUUGUGAUGUGCCAGAAGAGUCGUCGGGAUGAUGCUCACAGGCACAGUCAACACAGCAUGAUCCUGGUUCCUAUGGACACACCAGGUGUAAAGCUCGUUAGGCCGCUGACCGUGUUCGGGCAGGACGAUGCGAUCCAUGGUGGCCAUUUUGAGGUGCACUUUGAAAAUGUGCGUGUUCCUCUCACCAACAUUAUUCUCGGAGAGGGGAGGGGCUUUGAAAUUGCUCAAGGUCGCCUUGGACCCGGCCGGCUGCACCACUGUAUGAGGGCUGUUGGAAUGGCUGAACGGGCUCUGGAGCUGAUCUGCCAGCGGGCUGCAACCAGAAAGACAUUUGGCAAAACCCUGUACCAACAUGAGGUUGUGUCUCAUUGGAUAGCGGAGUGCCGUAUCUUGAUAGACCAGACCCGCCUGCUCACUCUGCAUGCUGCACAUGCAGUGGACACUCUGGGCAGCCGAGGGGCUCGCAAACAGAUUGCUAUGAUCAAGGUGGCAGCUGCACGUAUGGCCUGUAAGGUGGCAGACUGUGCAAUCCAGGUCCAUGGCGCCGCCGGUCUGUCCAUAGACUUCCCACUUGCACAGAUGUAUGCAAGUGCACGGGGUCUGCGCAUUGCGGACGGGCCAGACGAGGUGCACCUCUCCAGCAUUGCUCAUCUGGAACUGAGAGAUCACCUCAAGAAUAAACUGUAACUUCAGCGACACCAUGUGGCCACAAAGUGACACUUAUCCCUGGACUACUGGGUCACUCACUGUCACUCACUGACUGAUCACUGAAUUUAGUCAAUGAUUUCUAGCACAUUUAAUCACUGCAUUCUAAACCUUUCUACCAAAGUACAGCAGAUUUAAAUAAAGAACUUCUAACUCUGUUACCACAAAGCUGGAAAUAAGACACUUGUUUAUUAAGGAUUUUUUUUUUUUAUGAACUACAAAAACAAAAAAUGACAGCAUGAUAAGACUAUUGUCAUCACACUCUGUACAGGUGUGGCUUAUGUCAUGGAAUAAUUCCAGGGGGUGGGGAGGGUCAUGACAAACGUUUUUGUUUUUACAAUAUAAAACAUCAGUGGCCCCAUCAUUUGACAUGGGAUACUAACCCAUGCAGUACCCUCCACUCUUCCUGUGUUGUACGUGACCGUUUAGGCAGACGACAGCUGCCACGUCACUCCAUCACACAUCGCAGAGAAAGACCAGGGACGAAGAGACAAAC